UCUUUGGGUGGUCACGUGAACGGACUGGCCACGCAAGCCUGGGUCCUCACACCUUCCAAGGGGUCCUCGCUGCCUGCCUCUGAGUCGCUCCUAAACUGCCUGUUCGCGCGAGAGUUUGGAGGGGCGGGUUUAGGGUCGGUGUGGAAGGGGCUCGCAUGGCACCGCCAGAUCCUCGCUUAGGUGCCUAGGUAGCGGCGGACGGCUGGGCAGGCGGUCCCCGGCCACCCUGAGCCUGGCGGGCGCGGGAGCCUGGAGAAGCCGGGACAGCCUCGCUCCUCCCAGGCAGCUGCUAGGGUCGGGAGCCACGGAGAACAAAGUGAGAGUCCGGCGGCUUCCCAGGGCCUGGGCCGCGGCCGUGGGAGCGGAGGUGGGGCAGGUGGAGCGACCCCGUUACGCUAAAGAUGAAAGGCUGGGGUUGGCUGGCCCUACUUUUGGGGGUCCUGCUGGGAACUGCCUGGGCUCGAAGGAGCCAGGAUCUACACUGUGGAGCUUGCAGGGCUCUGGUGGAUGAGUUAGAGUGGGAAAUUGCCAAGGUGGACCCCAAGAAGACCAUUCAGAUGGGAUCCUUCCGAAUCAAUCCAGAUGGCAGCCAGUCAGUUGUGGAGGUACCUUAUGCCCGCUCAGAGGCCCACCUCACGGAGCUGCUUGAGGAGGUGUGUGACCGCAUGAAGGAGUACGGGGAACAGAUCGACCCUUCCACCCACCGCAAGAACUACGUACGCGUUGUGGGCCGGAAUGGAGACUCCAGUGAACUAGACCUACAGGGCAUCCGGAUCGAUCCAGAUAUCAGCGGCACCCUCAAGUUUGCGUGUGAGAGUAUCGUGGAAGAGUACGAAGAUGAACUUAUCGAGUUCUUUUCCCGGGAGGCUGACAACGUCAAAGACAAGCUUUGCAGUAAGCGAACAGAUCUAUGUGACCAUGCCCUGCACAAAUCACAUGAUGAACUGUGAAUCACUGGGAGCAGCUUAGACCAACUUGAUGGAACACCCCCAGGAGGGGACGAUGGUGGCAUUGCUUUUUAUAUUAUGUUUUUAUGGAAAUGAACUGAAAAAACGUCUGAAACCAAAA